UUUGUAAGUACGUCCUCUUGUUUGAAUGAAAGAGAUUGGUAGAACGGCAAUGUGUUUCUCCGUUUAUUUGCUUUGGUGAAACUAAUCAUUUACAUCUAUUAGUGUUCGCCAUUAAGCCAUUCUGGUCCGAGCAGGUGAACGGUCAUUUUGGUAAAACCUGUGACACUAGAUCAGCCACAAUUAGACAGUUAACAUACCGUAGUUGACACUCAGCCUGUGUAGGAUAUAGGAGAAACAGAAUGGCGGAGGCUCAUUCUGCGGUUGCGUUCUCGUUCACUGUGACCCAUGAGGGGGUAGACGUGAACGUAAACCAUGACGCCAUCUGGGCUGUAUGGAACAGUGGUGUACACUCCUGGAAGAAGCGCCUCGGAAAAGCAAAGAACAAGGUGAAGGCCGGCACCUAUCCUGGUUCCCCGUCCAGCUGGCUGUUUGUUGCAGUCAUCAUCCUCGCCAUCCGCCUGGCUGACCAUGACCCUUCAUUUGGGAUCAUUGGAUUCCUGCAAAAAUAUAUACCAGGGUUGGGCAGCGAAGGUGUGGGUCUGUACAUCAGCUGCCUACUGUUCUCUACCCUGCUAUGGCUGGCCAUCAUCCUGUCCCUCAAGUACACCCUCAAAGUUCUGCUCAUGUACCAUGGCUGGAUGUAUGAGGGACGUGGUCCAGUCUCAUUCCCCACACGCGCUUGGGGGUUGCUGAUCAGAAUGUUUGGUGGUAGGAAGCCAAUGCUGAACAGCUACCAGGCCUCGCUGCCCAAACUGUUUGUGCCAGCAGUCAGUGACACCAUAAGCAGGUACCUGUUGAGUGUUCGGCCGAUCUAUGAUGAUGAGAAGAUUGCACGCCUGACCAAGCUGGCCCAUGAGUUCCAGUCAGGACUGGGCAAGAAACUGCAGCGCUACCUCAUCCUCAAGUCCUGGUGGGCCACCAACUAUGUGAGUGACUGGUGGGAGGAGUAUGUCUACCUGAGAGGGCGCUCCCCAAUCAUGGUCAACAGCAACUAUUAUGGAGUGGACGCAGUGUUAAUGCACCCAACCACCAACGCGGCUGCACGUGCAGCCAAUGUCACGUACGCCAUGCUACAGUACAGGAGAGAGCUGGAUAGAGAGGAACUUAACCCUAUCCUUCUCAACAAAACGGUUCCCCUGUGUUCAGCUCAGUAUGAGCGCCAGUUCAACACGACUCGGAUACCAGGCAUAGAGACAGACCGCCUGGUGCAUCUACCGGACAGCAAGCAUGUGGCCGUAUACCACAAGGGACGCUUCUUCAAGGUCUACAUCCACUUCAAGGGGCAGCACCUGAAACCCUGCGAGCUCGAGAAGUCGUUCCAAAAGAUCCUGGAUGACACCAACCCCCCUGUUGAUGGGGAGGAGCUGAUACCUGCCCUCACUGGUGGGGACCGCGUCCCUUGGGCCCAGGCACGCAUGGAGUACUUCUCCAAGGGAAAGAACAAGGCCUCACUGGACGCCAUUGAGAAGGCAGCAUUCUUCGUCACUUUUGAUGACAAGGAGCAAAACUUUGUGAAGGGAGACCAGAACACCUUUGACACAUAUGCUCAGACCAUGCUCCAUGGUAACGGCUCCAACCGCUGGUUUGACAAGUCCUUCAACCUGGUUGUGUGCCCCAAUGGCAGGAUUGGUUUCAAUGCCGAGCACUCCUGGGCUGAUGCUCCGAUCAUGGCUCAUUUGUGGGAGUUCGCUGUGACUGAUGACCACAAUUUGUUUGGAUACACAGAGGACGGACACACGAAGGGAGAGGCUGUGAAUACACCCAACCCUGUCAGACUGGAGUGGGACCUUGCCCCAGAGUGCAAGAAGGUGAUUGCCUCCAGCUACCAGACCUGUCUGCGCCUGAUCAGUGACGUGGACCUGCACUUUCUCAUGCACGACGCCUUCGGGAAGGGCCUCAUGAAGGAGUGCAAGACUAGCCCCGACGCCUUCAUACAGAUGGCCCUCCAGCUUGCAUACUACAGGACUUCCAACAAGUUCAGUUUGACCUACGAGUCCAGCAUGACUCGACUGUUCCGUGAGGGACGCACAGAGACCGUCCGCCCAUGCACCAUAGAGUCCUGUGCCUUCGUACGCGCCAUGGAGGACCCAAGUGUGCCGCGUGCGGAAGUCUUGAAGCACUUCAAGGCGGCCACCGAGCGUCACCAGCAAGGUUACCGUGAUGCCAUGACGGGUAACGGUAUAGACAGGCACCUGUUCUGUCUGUACGUGGUGUCCAAGUACCUGGAGAUAGAGGACCCAUUCCUGUCAGAGGUGCUCAGUGAACCCUGGAGGCUCUCCACCAGCCAGACGCCUCACAGCCAGACAGACAAGCUGGAACUGACCAAGUACCCCAACCGUAUCUCGGGCGGUGGAGGGUUUGGUCCCGUGGCAGAUGAUGGCUACGGUGUGUCCUACAUCAUUGCUGGAGAGGACGUGCUGUUCUUCCACAUCUCAUGCAAGAAGUCCUGUCCUACCACAAGCUCUGAGAAGUUUGCCAAUGCGAUAUGCAAGGCCCUCGCCGAUAUAAAGGACCUCUGCCUCAAAAAAUGAUGACAAACCGGGUUUAUAGGCUAACAAGGACUAGAGAUCUACUUCAUUUUGUGAAAUGUGUACUCCAGACUUUUUGUUUUGUUUUAUAUUUGUUGUAUUCUAUGUGAGCUUUUAGUGUGUGUGUCAGUUUGUUUUAUCACUGUUAAACUCAUCUUAUCGUUUGCUACCUUUUAAAGAUGUUUUUUCACUGGCUAGUUGUAAAAUUGGUGAAGACUGAGUGCUGUUACAUUUAUCAUAGUAAGUAGUUUAAUUUGACCAUUUAAUUUAAUUCAAACAGAACUAUUUGAGUCACACACCCACUGUGAAUGGUUGUUGCUGAAUGAGUGUUAACCAAAUAUAUUUUGUCUUAGAUUUGCAUUCGUUUUUUAUGAUGUUCAUUUUUAUUUUGCGUGUGUACUUUUUUCAUAUAAUUUCAUUUUGUUUUACACUUACCAAAGAUAUUUCAUCUCUACAUGUUCAACAAUGUAUUUCCAAUAUCACUACUCCAAUUUUGAAAUGUUAAGUUUCAGUUGUGUCUGUGUCAGUAUGCCAUGUCCCACUUUCUGUGAUGAGAUACUAAGCAAUUCAUUUUUUUUUUUUCAUUUCUGUUGUCAAAAUACAGACAUUCUGUUCUUUUUUCAAUGAAAGUAUAAUCUGUUUAUCUGUCUUCUGCAGACUGUUUUAUUUCAUGAGUUAAUGUGUCUAUCUAAUGUGUGGAAGUUGUUUUAUUAUUGUAGGUGUUUUAGAUUCAGUAAAAUGUUUUUAUUUUGUUUGAGUACAAAGUUUAGUAUACAAUGCAUUCACACAUUUGAAGAUUUUAUACAUUUUAAUUUUUACUGUUACACAGUUUUAAUGUUCAAAUGGCUGAUUCAAUCUGAUUGUUUAACAUGAUGUUUGUAUCAAAUCAUUUGCUUAUCAUCUGUUUUAGGUUACCUUAUAAUCACAUUCAAUAAACGUGUUGACACCA